GCAACCAGCAUGAUGGCAUCGCAAGUAGUGAAAUUGCUUCUUGAGGUUGAAAUUUAUUUUUUGAUAUAGAGGAACUUAAGAUAAACAGAAAUAAUCAAUCAAAAGCUUAUGAAAACAAUCAAUCAAUCAAAUUAGAUAAACAAAACAGCCAACAAUUUAAUUCUUCCAGUAACAUUUUAGGUGUCAUUUUUUCCCUUCCUUAAUUCAUCGAAAUAAAAUAUGUUAAACGAAUUGAGAGUCGCUGUUGUCUGUUCCAGUAAUCAAAAUAGAAGUAUGGAAGCGCAUGCUUUUUUAAGCAAAAAGGGUUUUAAAGUAAGAUCAUUUGGCUCUGGAAAUCAAGUAAAGCUCCCUGGACCAGCUCCUGAUAAGCCAAAUGUUUAUGAUUUCAGUAUUUCAUAUGAACAGAUGUAUCAAGAUCUGCUAUCCAAAGAUAAAGCCUUAUAUACUCAAAAUGGUCUACUUCACAUGUUAGAUCGUAAUCGAAGAAUCAAAUCUCAUCCUGAAAGAUUCCAGCAGUGUUAUGACACUUUUGAUGUAAUUUUCACAGUAGAAGAGAGGGUAUAUGACCAGGUUGUUGAAGAAUUAGCCAAUAGGCCGCAGAAAGAAAUUGCAGUUGUUCACAUCGUUAACAUUGAUGUUCAGGACAAUCAUGAAGAAGCUACAAUUGGUGCUUUCCUAAUUUGUGAAAUGGCCACAAUGAUGGCAGAAUCUGAAGAUUUGGAUAAUGAUAUUGAUGAACUACUUCAAGAAUUUGAAGCUAAAGCGCAAAGGCCUAUAUUACAUACAAUACGUUUCUAUUAAAAAUAAAAUGAAUUCACCUAAACGUUCUUUUAGUAUAAAAAAUACUUUGAUUAUUUCAUAUGAGUUAUGAUUAUGGCCUGGAAGGCUUUAUACAAAGAAACAUUGUCAUUGUAAUAUAUGUCAUAAAAUAAAUCAUUUUCAAUCUUGAUACUGUACAUAUGAAGUAAAAUCACUAGUUCAUCCAAUUGAUGAUUUUUACAACAUUUUUACAUGCAUCAUACAUUGAAAGUAACCUACUAACUUGGAAAAAUAAAUGCAUUUAUAUUCAUUAUUUACUCUACUAGGAAGUAAUGUUCCUAGUAUGUCUACUAGGAAUUUAAUGCCAUUGCUCAUAUACAACUUGUAUUUUUUUAAAUAAAUAUAUUAUUUAUUGUUUCA